CCCGCGGAAGCUUCCGCCGGCGCCCGACAAAACCCGCGGCGCAGGAGCGGCGCGCGCGGGGGGCGGCGCGAGGGAGGCGGCCGGGCGGCGGCGCGCGGGGAGUCGGGGCGGUUGACCGGCCUCGCCCGCCCCGCCCGCAGAAGCAAGAUGGUGAAGGAGACCCGGCUCUACGACGUCCUGGGGGUGAGGCCCGGCGCCGCCCCGGAGGAGAUCCGGAAGGCCUACCGCAGGCUGGCGCUCAAGUACCACCCGGACAAGAACCCGGAGGAGGGCGAGAAGUUUAAGCUCAUAUCCCAGGCAUAUGAAGUGCUUUCAGAUCCAAAGAAAAGGGACAUUUAUGACGAGGGCGGUGAGCAGGCGAUUAAGGAAGGGGGCUCGGGCAGCCCCAGCUUCUCUUCGCCCAUGGACAUCUUUGACAUGUUCUUUGGUGGCGGCGGACGGAUGGCUAGAGAGAGAAGAGGCAAGAAUGUUGUACAUCAGUUGUCUGUAACUCUUGAAGAUUUAUAUAAUGGAGUCACAAAGAAACUGGCCCUCCAGAAAAAUGUAAUUUGUGAGAAAUGUGAAGGUGUUGGUGGGAAGGAGGGGUCUGUGGAGAAGUGUCCCCUGUGCAAGGGCCGCGGGAUGCAGGUCCACAUCCAGCAGAUCGGGCCGGGCAUGGUGCAGCAGAUCCAGACUGUGUGCAUUGAGUGCAAGGGCCAGGGCGAGCGCAUCGACCCCAAGGACCGCUGUGAGAGCUGCUGCGGGGCCAAGGUAGUCUGCGAGAAGAAGGUCCUGGAGGUGCACGUGGAGAGAGGUAUGAAAGAUGGGCAAAAGGUACUCUUUCACGGAGAAGGAGAUCAGGAGCCUGAGCUGGAGCCUGGCGAUGUCAUAAUUGUGCUUGAUCAGAAGGAUCAUAGUGUCUUUCAGAGGCGAGGCCACGACUUGAUCAUGAAAAUGAAAAUUCAGCUUUCUGAAGCCCUCUGUGGCUUCAAGAAGAUGAUAAAAACCCUGGAUGACCGAGUCCUUGUGAUCACAUCCACAUCAGGUGAGGUGAUAAAGCAUGGGGACCUGAGAUGUGUCCGUAAUGAAGGAAUGCCAAUCUACAAAGCACCCCUGGAGAGAGGGACUCUGAUCAUACAGUUUUUAGUCAUCUUCCCUGAGAAGCACUGGCUUUCUCAAGACAAGCUUCCUCAGCUGGAAGCCUUACUCCCUCCUCGGCAGAAAGUGAGGGUCACAGACGACAUGGAUCAAGUGGAGCUGAAGGAGUUCAACCCCAGUGAGCAGAACUGGCGUCAGCACAGGGAGGCAUACAAGGAGGACGACGACGGGCCCCGGGCUGGUGUGCAGUGCCAGACGGCAUGACGGCUCAGCCAGACUAGCACGUGACGAAGAGUACAGUGGGCACAGUGAAACGCGUCACCUCACUGGCCUCAUGUUUGGGUGUCCUGUGUGUGUGCCCAGCAUCCUUAAUUGCUAAGUGUCUCUGGUUUUUCUUUUGGUUGUAACUUAAGUUAUAGCUUAAUUUAUACGUAAAUGUUUUAAAUGUGAAUCACCUCUUGUCUGCACAUGGCAUCGGUUUAUUUACACCUUCAGGAUACAUCUGAGGAGCCAGUGACACACUAUGACAUGUGGUUCUCAUGGCUUUGCCCAGGUAGCAGCCCUUGGCACCCCAGAAACCUGUGGGCACCAGGUGGGCAUCUGGCCCUUGGCUGGCUGGGCUCUCCCUACCUCCCGUGGGGGUUGUGGAGGGUGGGACAUUUCUGCAUCUGGAUCCUAGGCGAUCCUCAAGAACAGAGGUGCAACCGGAUUGCGCUUGCUCCGGUGCCUGCUUCACAUGGGGUUUCUCCUGCUCCGUGCCCUGGAGUGGCUGGAAUGGGGUGAGUCCAACCAGCUCUCCCAGAAGCCGCCUGAACCUCCCAAGCCUCGUGGUGAGGACAAACCGGUGUUUUAACUGAAAUGCCGAUACAGCUGUUUGCCUGGUACCCCCAUGCCUUGUUCUCUGUGGUUUCAGGAUCUGUUGACCUUUGCAGUGUGCUCCCACCCAAGUGCGUGCUUGUAAAAAACUCAGCCUCCUGCCUCCCCUGCUGCUUCAGUGCAGUGGAAGGCAUGGCAGAAUGUCUGGUGGCCGUGGGGCCCUGUGGCUCCGCCAGCUUCCUGUCUGACCAGGGACCCUGGGUGGCUUGAGGGUCUGGAAAGCAUUUUCCUCUGCUCCCAGAUCCAACUCCCUUCUGAAGGGGCAUGCUCCCCUUGUUGCACAGCCAUAGUACAAGGGCUUCCUGCUCAAGUGAUACUGGUUUGGAGACAGCUUCUAUGGUGACAGCGGGCCAGGUGGACUAGCUGUAAAUGGAAGCCCGUUUGAAGGAACCUUAGUCAUGAGGUCACCCCUGGCAGGGAGACCACAACUGAAAUUUAGGGUUACCUCAGCCUGCACCAUUGCUGCUCCGUUCCUCCCACAGCAGCCAUGAAGAGAAGCUGCUGGGCUGCAGUAGAGGCUCUUUGGAGCAGAGGAUCCACACGUACUUGCUCAUUCAGUCCCUGAGGGUGCAGUCAAACCAGGGCCUCCCGAGGGUCAAAGGGCAGGUAAAGCCUGAGGCAGGUGAGCCGGCUGGAAGGACCACAUUGCUGCCCAGAAGGUGGCCAGAAAUUUGCUCAGAAUAGGUAAAGAGCCCACCUUUGCCUGUCUGACCAUCAGUCAGGACAGACACAAAACCUAUUCUUCCAACUAAGCCUGUGUGGAAAUUGACUUACACACAGACCACAGCUUCAGGGUGUUCCGUGGGCUGUGACUUCCUGAGAAAUUACUGCAUUCAGCUCCUUAUAAAUGGAAUUUGGAGGUUACUUAAAACUUAACUCCACUUGUACAUUUUACUUUAAAAUUAAAAUUGAGCUGGUAUGAA